AGUAGAGUGACUGGAAGUUUAAUAGUGCGUCGCGGAGAUGGAGCUCAUAAUCCAGCUGAAUGGAGAACGAGCAACAUGCACUCUGCGUCGCUGAUUUGUGUUUAACUUUCAGAGGGAUUGUCUAUAUAUCUGUCAGCGGGGAACGAGCCGGGACCCGCUACAGAUUCUUGGGGGCUCGUCCGGGAUACUUCGAGGCCAUUGAUUGGAUCGGAAGCCGAGUGAUGUCGAUGACAACGCAGAUCAGCAACUAGAGGGAGGGCCGUAUUAUCCAGCCGCCGACCAGUCCUAUCCUGCCGUGUGAGAGCUGCGACUGUGGACGAGUGGAGGUCUGGGAUCCAGAGACGACUGCACCAGCAUCGUUGUGUUGCCAGCCGUGAGGGAGACGAGAAGCCAUCAUGUCGAAAGGUGGGAGAAAGAGCCUGGUGUGGGACAUCAGGCGGAGCCUACUUACCUUGUCAGCUGAAGAGCUUCUUCGGGUCGCCAGAGCGGUGGAUCCAGCGUUGGACGAAGACCAGUCAGAGCUUGUGGAGGGAGACCAGGAGGGAUGCUACGACCAUAUCAACUCUUUUAUGUACAGUAAGCAGUUACUUGAAGCAGAGGAUGAAGGAAUGGUUCAGUUGCUGAUGUUAAAAGAUGCUAUUGAUGAUGUAGUACAGGGUCGUGAUGAUGAUAUGUCACUGCUAAAUGUAAAGGGUGAUUGUGAGUUACAUACUGUCCAGAGUGGUGGAAAGCCUGAUGAUGUUGUUGGGUUGUCUGAUGGUUCUGUAAUUAUCCAAACACCCUCUGAAAUCAUCACUGACACUCACAUUCAGAGUCACCACACACCUAUUUCAGUCAAUACUACAUCACCUAGUGAUUUUACCAGACUAGACUCAGGUUCAGUUAAGACUACAAUGCCAAACUUACCUGACACCGGAAAUGCUGAUUGGCUCAGAAUGCUCUCCAGCUAUGAAGAGCUGAGCAAGAAACUUAUACAGUGUAUGCCAGCACAUGCUACACCACCACAGACACAUAUGCCUCUGCCCUCUGUCCUGCCCAGUCAGCCAGACCGAAAUCCACCAGGUGAGUCUGCCUCUCAGUCAGCUCGUGAGGGGAUGGUGUCUCUAAGGGAACUCAGCUACCUUCCAAGGAGAGAGUUCAAGGUGCAAGGUGGUCAGGUCGGCGAUCAAUCCUCUGACAUCAGCUACAAUAAUGUCUGCAAGCAGAUUGAUGAUGGAAUCAGGGAAGGAUUUUCGGACUCAGAGAUUGUUCGUGGUGUGCUCAAAAUCAUAAAACCAGGCAUAUUCAAAGAAAUGUUGAUAAACAAAGAUGACAUAACGGUGACCGAACUCAAGGGGUUUCUCCAAACUCACCUAAGAGAAAAAAAUAGCACAGAGCUAUUCCAAGAGUUAAUGUGCACGAAACAGGAUGAGAAUGAGACGCCGCAGCAAUUUUUAUAUCGUGUGAUAGGUUUAAAACAACGUAUCCUAUUCACAUCAAAACUGGCCGACACUGACAUUAAAUACUCUGCAGCAACCGUACAGGAUGUUUUCCUGCAUACAGUGUACCAAGGCUUUGGACACAAACAUACUGACAUACGCAGAGAACUCAAACCUCUGUUGUCAAGCAGUGGAGUCACAGAUGAGAUGAUCCUUCGUCAGGUGAUGAAAAUCACCAGUGAGGAAAAUGAGAGGAUGAAGAGACUGGGCUCCGCCCGCCGACAGACUGUAACAAAUACACAUAGUGCCCAGCUUGAGCCUGAGGUGGUAGCGAGACCUAGCACCAAGUCAGGGAGUGUAGAGUCCAAGUCAAACCAAGCGAAACAAGAUCCACUCAGAGACCUCACAACUAAAGUGGAGGAACUUACCAAACUGGUUGUGACUAUGCAACAACAAAAUCAACGACAGCAAACUCACAAUGAGUACCAGUACAGUCAAAAUAGGACACAAUCUAAACGUAGGAAACCCUAUGGUUGUCCACGCUGUGUGGAACUAGACAGACGAGACUGUGUACACUGUUUCACAUGUGGGGAGGAAGGACACCGUGCAGCAGGCUGUCAAAGACGACCAAAGAGACAGGGAAACGCCAACCGGGCACUGGAGAGGGACAUCUAGUGGCCGAGCCUGGAAAUAAGUCCCAACCGGGAACUGAGAAAAAAAAUGACAAAACGCACACCUCAACACCCUUAACACCAGUAAUGACAAGCACACAUAGUCACUGCACUCAAAUAGCUCAGACCUCUACUCAGUUACCACGUGUAGCUAAAGCUAGAGCUGUUGCUAGUUUGAUUGGGAAAAAGGCCCUAGUUCAGAGCUAUCUAAAUGGCUUAGCAGCCACCUCAUUGCUCGACUCUGGGUCACAAGUCAGUAUAGUCAGCCGGGCCUGGAAAAAUGAAUACCUACCUGACCUCAGUAUUCGUCCAGUUUCUGAGAUCUUAGGGGAGGAGGAACUGAAGGUCAAUGCAGCAAAUGGUGGUGUCAUUCCAUAUGAUGGGUGGGUAGCUAUUACAGUGAACUUGCCAGGGAAUUUGGACCCAAAUCUGUCUAUUAGUGUCCCAUUCCUCAUCAGCAGCUAUCCCAUGGAUAAACCAUUGAUUGGCUUUAAUGUUUUGGAAGUGUUAAUUUGCGACCAACCAGAGAGGCUAAUGCCAGUACUUGUUAGCCUUCUUAGCAAUGCCAUAUCUGUCCCUAACGAAACGGCUGAAGCUCUCGUCAACCUUAUUCAGACAACAAAGUCAGUCAUGCAGCAGGGACGCUUAAGGACAGGAGUCAAGGACAUUGUGCUCCCAGCUGGUCAAGUGUCGUGGUUAAAGUGUCGGGUUCCAUCUACCAUGGAUGCCUCUACCCGACUCGUGUUGUUUGAAACCGAUGACAGUCUGUCAUCUGAACAGUGGGAUGUAGGCCCAGGUUUGUUAGAAAUCCAGAACCCAACAAUGCCAUAUGUCACCAUUCCAAUCAGUAACAACACCAAUCAUGACAUCACGUUACCACGCAGAACAGCCCUUGGUAUCCUGCAGCAUGUUGGAAAUGUGGUGGAGGCAGAUAUCCUGGACAAAUCACAGCCAGCAGCAAUUGUCAGUGAGGUCACCACCACUCAGAUCAGCAGCACAGAUUCACCUCUGUGGCACCCACCUGUAACCCUUGACCACCUGGAGGAAGAACAGCAGGAGGAUGUUAGAAAGAUGCUGUAUGAGGAGUCAAAUGCUUUUGCGAGGGAUGGAAAUGACAUUGGCUGUAUUCCAAAUCUGCAAAUGGUGAUCAACCUCAAAGAUGAGG